AUGUCCCGGCUGCUGCACGCUGAAGAGUGGGCAGAAGUGAAGGAGCUGGGGGACCACCAUCGCCAUCCCCAACUGCAUCAUCACCCCCAGCCACCGCCGCCGCCUGCGACCCUCCCGGCGAGAGAACCUCCAGUCUACCCCGCCGAGCUGUCCCUCCUGGACAGGACGGACCCACGCUCCUGGCUGGCGCCCACUUUGCAGGGCAUCUGCACGGCACGCGCCACCCAGUACUUGCUGCACUCCCCCGAGCUGGGUGCCUCGGAGGCCGCCGAGUCCCGCGACGAGGCGGACCCCCGGGGAGCAGUGGGCAGGCGGAGCGGCGGCGGCAAGAGCCCCGGGCAGGUGAAAGUGCGCGACCAGCUGUGCAAGCUGAAGGGCGGCCUGGUGACGGACGAGCUGGGCUGCAGCCGCCAGCGCGCCCCUUCCAGCAAGCAGGUGAACGGGGUGCAGAAGCAGAGGCGACUGGCGGCCAACGCCCGCGAGCGGCGGCGGAUGCACGGGCUGAACCACGCCUUCGACCAGCUGCGCAACGUUAUCCCGUCCUUCAACAACGACAAGAAGCUGUCCAAGUACGAGACCCUGCAGAUGGCCCAGAUCUACAUCAACGCCUUGUCCGAGCUGCUGCAGACGCCCAGCGCGCUGCCCGGCGGCAUCCUGCAGCCGGUGCAGGACGACAGUAGCAAAACUUCGCCAAGGUCACAUCGAAGCGACGGGGAGUUUUCCCCUCACUCCCAUUACAGUGACUCGGACGAGGCGAGUUAG